AUGUUCCGUCAAUUCAUUAUUUCAUUUGCCAUAUUCUCGGUUGCAUUUGCUUGUGAAGCUUCUGAAUCUGAAGGACCGUGUGACGGUGGCAUUCUUGUGUGCCAGACACAGGUCUGUGACGUGGCAGCUGGUCAAUGCUGUCCUAUUACCACUGCUGCCGCUGUUACUUCAACCACUGCUGCUGUUGUGACCGAUUCCGAUGGAUCUACAGUAACCACAACUGCAUCAUCAGUUACAGUAACUUCUACCUCCACGACAACGUGUGCUGAUCGUGUCAAUCCAUCUACCGGAGUCUCUGAUUGUUCAGCUCUUGCCUACCUUUGCAACGACUCGACCUACUACACAGUCAUGACCCAGCAGUGCCCAAGAACAUGCGGUCGCUGUAAUUCUACUUCAACAAGCUCUACUAGCUGUGUUGAUCGUGUUAAUCCAUCCACCGGAGUUUCCGAUUGUCCAGCUCGUGCUGCUUUGUGCAACGACUCCAACUACUACACACUCAUGACCACUCAAUGCCCAAGAACUUGCGGAAGAUGCUCCACUUCUUCUUCGACUACUUCAUCGUCCACCACCUGUGCUGAUCGUGUCAAUCCAACAACUGGAGUUUCCGAUUGCCCAGCUCGUGCUUCUCUUUGCAACAACUCAGUCUACUAUGACAUCAUGACCACCCAAUGCCCAAGAACUUGUGGAAGAUGCACAUCAAGCUCAACUAUCUCUGCCACGUCAUCAGCUUCUACUACUGUUUCAUCCACUUGUGUCGACCAAGUCAACGCCGCUACAGGAACUUCCGAUUGUCCAAAUCGUCGUGCUUUUUGUACCAACUCCGCUUACAUUUCCCUUAUGCGUACCCAAUGUCCACUUACCUGCGGAUUCUGUACUGCUGGAUAAUUUUUGUGUUUGUGGAAAUAAUUUAUCUCUAAUUUAUGCACCGUCUGGUUUUUGUGAUUUAUGAUUCUAAAGUAAAUAAAAUAAUUUAAAUAAUUUA